UAAUGGCUUAGCAAUAGAGAAAUGAAACAAUAGUGCCUAUUUUAGUUACAUAAGAGGAAUAUAAUGAAAUUAUGAAAUAACCUGAUUAUAUAUAACAAUAGCUAUUAUAAUAAUUGCAACAAAAAAAGUAGGAAUAAUAAUAAUAAUAAUAAUUAUAUCAACACCCCUAUUUACAAUAUCAAAAUUAAUAAGAUAAUAAUAAAUAUGGAGUUAUACCAGCAAUUCCCUCACAUCCUGUUGAACAUUUCAAUUAAUAAUAAUAAUAGUAUUAAUACACUCCUUAGCAGUAACUUUUAUAACAGUAUAAUCAAAAUUUAAAUUAAAAUUUAAUACAAAAAGAAAUUAUAAUCUUAUAACAUAGAGAAGUUGAAGCUGCUGGAGAAAAUGAAGUUAAAUAUUUUAAUCAAAACCUUGCCAAAUUUUUUUCAAUAGAAUUAGGAAUAUCUAUAUUGCUUAAUUUUAUUUCAGCAAUUUUUAGAAUGAGGAUGAUAAAUUAUUAUUGGCAAUGGAAUGCUCCUUUAUGGAUAGUUUUAGUACUUUACAUUUUGUUGAAUCUAUUCAUAUUGACCAAUCCAAAGAUAAUUUUACAUGUAUUUUUUUUUAAUUUAUAUUAGAAUAAUCAUUAAAAAUUAUUUUAUGUUAUACAUGUAGUUUUAUAUUCCUUGCUCAUGUAAGGAUUGCAAAUAGCAGUAUAAGGAUAUGUAUAUUUUGGAUGGAACUACUUCUUUUUCUUUUAUUUCAUGAUUGCUGCUAGUUUAAUUUGUGUUUGUAUAAUGAUAAAAAGAAAAGGAAUAAAUUUAUCAACGCCUUAAUAUUUACCAUCAACUAUUGUUCCUGUUUGCUUUAUAUUACUUCUAAAGAUUCUUUUUUCUUAUGAAUUCUAUUGGCCUCUAUUUUUGUGGGGAAUCUUUGUAGUUAUUUUUGCAUAAGGACUAGUAUUGCUUUUUAGAAGAAUUAGUAAAAUUGGAUAUGUAAAUAAUAUAUUUAUUUUUAGAACAAACAUCAUACCAAUGAUUUUUAUGCGAUGGCAACUGUUAUGCCUAUUUUAAUGAUCAGUCCAUUUUAUGAUAACGAAUGAUUAUAAAUUAUAAGCCAAA